CUCCCCCCAGACCUCCCCCAGACCUCCUCCAAGACCUCCCCUCAGACCUCCUAUCAGACCUCCCCUCAGACCUCCUGUCCGGGUGUUGAGGGGGGUGCUUGGCUUGUGUACCCUUAACAACAUUGUCAUGGCAACAGCACACAGACACGCUGGAUUCUGUAUACGCACCUGUGACUCAAUGAUGAGAGACAUACAGGAAACAGGAUAUGAUGUCACCUAGCACUUUUUUCUAUACUAUUAAUAUAUUGUUGUUGUUGGAUUUUAAAUAGAGAGAAUGAAAGCAGAUUUUGUGGUUGAAUGGAACGAUAUUACUUUUUUUCAUACUUUUUUAAAAGUGUUUUUUGGUCUUAUUUUUUAUUUGUGUGGAAACAUUGCAGGUUAUUGCACCUUUCUCUUCCAGCCUAGUGUUUCUGAGGGGCCAAGCCUGGAUGGUUCUGUACCACAUGGUGCCACUGGACAAACUCAUAGUUUUUUUUUACCUGUAAUCAUUGAUAAAUGCAGGAGGGGAGUGUAAUCUUUUUAUUUUUCAUGUCUAAUGUGUUUAAUGUACCGACUCCAGACACAUGUAUGCAAGACCAUACACACAUGUCGGAGGGUGAUCAGGUGCCUUAUCAGAGUCAAUGGAUCAUAGUUGUGCUAUGCCCUUCUAACCCUGACCCCUACUCCCAUUCUCACGUCUCCCCCCCCCCCCUCUCAUCCCUACAAAGGACGAGGACCAACUUUCACUUGUCAAAGGGAACAUAGGAGCAGCCCUAUCACAUCCCUGAAGACAUGCUAGCCCUAUCCCUAUCACAUCCCUGAAGACAUGCUAGCCCUAGCCCUAUCACAUCUCUGAAGACAUGCUAGCCCUAUCACAUCCCUGAAGACAUGCUAGCCCUAUCACAUCCCUGAAGACAUGCUAGCCCUAUCCCUAUCACAUCCCUGAAGACAUGCUAGCCCUAUCACAUCCCUGAAGACAUGCUAUCCCUAUCCCUAUCACAUCCCUGAAGACAUGCUAGCCCUAUCCCUAUCACAUCCCUGAAGACAUGCUAUCCCUAUCACAUCCCUGAAGACAUGCUAGCCCUAUCCCUAUCACAUCCCUGAAGACAUGCUAGCCCUAUCCCUAUCACAUCCCUGAAGACAUGCUAGCGCUAUCACAUCCCUGAAGACAUGCUAGCGCUAACCCAUGUCUAUCUCUGGCCAUAGGGACAUGCUAGCGGUCUGUACCGAUGGCUGUGCGUGGCCCAAGUCCUCCCCACUGCUGUCAUUGACGGGUGCUGUGGCUCUCCAGAGCCUGUUACGCCAACAUGUUCAUAUGUAAUACUAAUGUAGUAAUAGUCUCGCCUCUCUGGCACUGUCGUCCAAUGUUCUGUCUUACUGAGUACAUGCUUGGGUGUCUGGGAGUGAAUGGUUGAGAUUGAAUGAUGUGAACUGUAGUGGAUAAACAGGACAAUACAGGACAUGCUUGUACCCUCUGCUUCAGUGUUGUCAUUCCAAACUCUCACCCUUCAAGGGACAGUUUACUCAAAUUCAGAAGCAUUUCAGGAUGUUCAGAUAUUAUUACAGAUAAUAAAAGGAGAUUGCGUUUGAUUUUUAAGUGAACUAAUCCUUUAUUUAUACCCCUCCAAAGCAACUGUUGAACCGAGUCAUUAAUCAAGUGCAUCCCUGUCACUGCUCGUUAAACAGGCACGAGCUGCGGAACAGAAAUCUCAUCACACAAAGACAGGAAGCAGGAGGGCAUGCUCUCUGCUGAUAGCAGCGUUUCACAGAACAGCCCUAACCCUAACCCUAACAGACACUGUUAAACUGGAUCAGCCGGCCUCCACAACCACUCUGAGCUUCUUUAAAGGCCGUCAGAGGAAGCACUCAUACUGUGAAUGAUGGAUUUAUAACGAUAUCCUGCUAUGUAGUGUUUAAUUUCAUUGUUCAUGUGGGUUUGGUGGAUGAAGGGAAGCCAUGAGUCAUCACCCCUGAAACACAGAGAUCCUUAAAUAAGGCUACUGCUUCUCUGGAACAACAGGAUGGUCAAGUGUUUCUUAGGGGCUCAACGUUAAACGGGACAUGCUCUAUUUUCUAACCCUUCUUUUACAUAACAUUCUGGUUUAAACAAGGAUGAUUAUCAAACUACAGCUGUUUCUUCCGUGUUUUGACCGAAUAUCAGUCGUUCAUGCACAUGUUUCGUUCCUAAAUAUUUUACUGAUCAUCCCAAUACAUAUUUUAAAAGUGUUCUAUAUCACCGGCUUGUAUAAUUCUUCAGUCUUCACAACCCACAUAGGAGAUUUUUGUAACCGUCAUCAAUAAAAGAUAGCCAUCCUAAAGACCGUUCGAAUCAGAUCUUCCACUCCGGUGGUAUAAUUGUUACUCAGUUACAGUUUUUUUAAGUUAUAAGGUCCUAUGUCAUGUCUGCAGCUCUUCUCAAGGGACUGUUAUUGUUCACCACAAUGUGAAUGUGUUGUUUAUUUGACCAUGAGCGGUCCCAUCAGAUUGUUUAAUUCUGGAACGUCCCAUUGUUAAGCGUAUCCCAUGAACUCUUCUUUAGGUGAUGACCGUAGCCUACAGGGCAUUCAUUAUCAUGGCAGGACUGAAUAUCAGUCGUUAAAAAAACAUCAUUUCAGGACAUGAUCUGUCUCCAUGUCUAGAUAGUUCUGACGGGGGAACUCGGGCUACCUUCCAAACAUUUACCACUCUUUUAUUGAAGGGCGGUGAUUGCUACAUAGGGUAAAAAUACAUUUUAAAAAAUUGUCAUGAAAAAUAAAUUCAUCCUAUCAUUAAAUGUAGACCGUCCGUUAUCACGAUAUUACUUGAAUAUCGAUAUUUCAUUAUUGGGUCAUCAAUCUUUGGACUUGGUUUUUUAGGACUUCAACCUAUUAUUCAAUUAAUAAUCGGAUUGUGAAAGAACCUUAACGCCUCAGGUCAACAAUUAGGUAAAUAAAUGAGUAUGCUUGAGUGACACUUGCACCGUUUAUCAGGGGGCUUCAAGUUCAUGUUUUCCUGUGGACUUUGGCAGAGCUGACAGAAGAUAGUCAAGACUUGCAGAAAAGUCCCUGAAAGCAGCCAAGUGACCCAGGGUGAAGAUGAUAGAUGGGGUACUUUUGUGUGAGUGGCUGAAGUCCUCCUCCCUGCCCCUCCCCUAGGCCCCUCCCCCAGGCUAUUAGUGUACUUGAGUACAGCCGCUGCUCCCCUGCAGACUGGACAACCACUGCAGCACCUGCAGCACCAGCAGCACCAGCACCAUGGGGCGACACAGCCUACCUGUCCUCGUCUGCCUUCUCCUGGCUCAGACAGGUUUUUUGGUUUUGUGUACCAGGAAGGUCACCAUCAGUCCAAAAAGGGUUUUAGCCAAAGUGGGCAGUGAGCUGACCCUGCUCUGUGAAACGAGCUGUCCCGGAGUCAAACCCAGGUUCAUCCUGCUGGACAACAUUGACGCCAGACAGACAGCCGAGAAGAACAAGGCGAGUCUUCACUUUGCAGACAUAGUUCCCCAACAUGAAGGAAAGUACGUCUGUGAAGCUAAUUGCUCUCCCUGGAGCAAAGAUACUGCCAAGCUCAUAGUGUACAAUCUCCCGAUGCCUGUACUGCAGACCGAGCCAAAGAGCCCAGUGUCUGGUCAGCCCUUCCAGGUCAUCUGCACACUGCUGGGGGUCUACAGCUCCUCCGGAAACAUCCAGAUUAAGAUAUUUCAUGACAAGAUGGAGCUGAGAACAACCAUCUCUGAGUCUGAUGACCCCACAAGUUUCCAAAACUACACAUCCUCCUCUGCAGACCAGGUGGGGAAGAGAGAGAUGGAGUAUCGAUGUGAUGCUUCCAUAACUCUGGAUUCCCAGAUCUUCACUAACAGCAUCAGUUGGACCGUGGAUCUCAAAGCCCCCUCGACAACCACCCCCCCCGCGACAACCACCAUCCCCACAACAACCACCAUCCCUGCGACAACCACCUCCCCCACGACAACCACCACCCCCGCGACAGCCACCAUCCCCGCGACAACCAUCAUCCCGGCGACAACCCCCGCGACAGAGAGAUCAUCAGAGUGGGACACAGUACACACGACUGUGUGGGGAAACCCCACAAUCCCAGACAUGUCCUCCAGUCCCCCCCCCUCUCAGAGGACCCCUCCAGACCCCUGGACCCUGGGGGCAGGGGGGAGGGCCCCCCCGACCCUGGGGGCAGGGGGGAGGGCCCCCCCGACCCUGGGGGCAGGGGGGAGGGGCCCCCCACCUCUGGAGAAGGCCACUCCUCACCCCAACGCCAUUCCAGAGCUGCCCCUGCAGCCAAAGCCCAUCUUAUCUAACAACAUAAACCCUUCUUGGUUCUUCUCAAUGGAGACUCAGAGGGCUGAAGCUGCAGAUAAGGAAGGGGAGCAGAGGUCUGCUGAAGAGACCCCCAUUGCCAUGUACACAGGUUCCACACUGGGCGCCGUGGCGACGCUCUCCUUCGUGGGCUGCCUGCUCCACCUGCUUCGCCGGAGGAAACGCCAGUCCGUAGCAGAGCUGUAGACCCGCCCUGACUAACACCAUAGCGUCAGCCUCGGAGCAAAUGUUUUUAUUUCAGUUUGUCUCUGGAAUACAUUUGUCUGAACUAAAUUCCUAAUUGUUAUCUUUGCAUUACAAAAAAAUAUAAUGUUUUAGAAAUAUACUAAUAUGACUGUAAUGCCGAAAGUAUGUAGGCUAUUGGUGAUGUGUGCGUGACUGUAUUGUGAUAUAGUAGUUAUUAAAAACAUAAAAACAUAUUUUUCGCUUUUAGCUACAAGCUUUUUACAAGAAAGUAAGGCGUCAAUGUUUUUUCCAUAGGCCUAUUUCUCCUGGAAGCGUUCAAUUUUUUAUUUGUAUUUACAUAGCUUAUCACAAAUAUAACAACAUGAGAAAGUAGUAAACAAUCAACAUUGCACAACUGUUUUCAGUGGUACAAAUAGAAAGGAAAAGUAACCACUAACAUAAACAUUUUCCAGAGGAUACUUCAAAUAAAAUAAAAGGGGCUCAAGAUGCCGUAACUCAUUAAUUCUGAUUGCAGAUUGUUACAAGCCCUGCCAUUCAAUCUUGAAUCCAGUCAUAAAAUUAAAAAUAUUUCGCUUUCCACAA